GCUUCAUUUUUCUCCAUGGCCCAGCCACCUGGGGUCUGCUCAGCCUCGGGCAGCUGUCCCCUGGUCUGCCAGGGCUUGACAGACUCUAUCUCCCCCCAAACCCUUGAGGGCUGUUGUACCUGACUGUUUGGGGCCUGUCUAGCUGCCCCUUCUGAUGGAUCCACCUCUCUCGAGUCACUUUUAUCACAUCACCCUGUUGUGUUUGUAGACAUUUUCAUGCCGUGAACUAAGCUAAUGUAUCUGUUUGUUUACACCGUAUCUGUUUGGUUUUGGUUCCCACCCCGCCCCACCAUAUUUAUGGGCGCUCCAUAUGAGAGGACACUUAGCUGUCUUGUUCACCACCAUAACCAGUGCCUGAUGCACGAUAGGCCCUCAAAUAAUAAUUGUUCAGGCUGGUUUUCAGUCUCCCAGAGACAGCUGGGCACCCCUACACCCACAGCUGGGUUUUGCCCUACCUGGAAACUCCCAGAACCUAGGCAUCCUCCCUCUGCUACCAGCUCCCACCAACAUCCCUGGCUCAGUUUCGGAGCACUGCCGCUGCUGCUGCUACUGCUGCCGCCACUGCCGCUGCCGCUCCCUCCCUAACUCUCCUCUGGCCACCAGGGCUGGAGAGUGAUGGGCAGGGGUCCUUAUCCAGGCAGGUGUCAGGUGCCUGGAGCUCAGGAAAUACUUUUUGAUGGAAUAAAAGGGAAGACUUCAGAGAUGAUAGGACCUCACCAAGUGGAGUAAGGAGACAGUGCACUCCCGACAGAAGGAACAGUGUGGACAAAGGCCUGGAGGCAUGAAAGUGCACAUCAUAUUUGAAGAACGUGUCCUGGUCUGGUGCAGUUGGAGGGUUUCCAGUGGAGGGGAGGGCAGCAGGAGAGCAUUGUCAGGCAGGCCUGCAAGGGGGGGCCACAUGGGGAGGUCUGAGCUCCCUGCAGGCUCAGCAAGGCUCAGCAGUGUCUCAGGUUUAAUCCUGCCCCCCAGAGUCCUCCCCUCCUACUCCACCCCUGCCCUCCCCUUCACCCAACCCCCAGCCUGGCCACUCCUGCAGCUGAAUGGACUUCUCUCUGGGCCUACGCUUGGGGCCUCGGAACAAGAAGGCCACCCACCAACAGCCCCCUAAACCCUCUGGGCACGGCCCACCGGCUGCCUCUCCUUGUCUAUCCUGUCCGCCCUCUGUCUGUGCCUGCCCCUGCCCUGGCUGUCCCCCUCCCACCUGCUCGGGCACUGCCUAUCCCUCUUAUGCAGCUACCUGCCCCUCCUGUCCCAGCCUCCCUGGCCCACCCUGCACCUGCUCCUGCCCUCCCUGCCCUGCCUGUCCUCCCUUGACUUGUCCCCACAGCUCCUGCAUCCCAUGCCCUGGUCCACAGGUGACCUGCUGCCACCCCUCACCUUGCCCCAAUUACCCUUGCUCCAAGGGCCGAGCUGUCUGUCCGAGCUCCUGCUUGGGCUGCAGUGACAGCUGUGGCUGUGGCCGAGGGGAUGCCUGGGGGCCCCCAGGCUCCACUGGCCGCCGCAGCUGCUGCUCCAGGGGACAACGCACCUCUCAGAGGCACUGUCUGAUAGUCUAGGUGGCUGUUGCCCACCUGAGAGAUUGUCAGUCUCCCGGAGCACUUCUGGAGCUGCUUCUUCAGGAGGGAGGCAGAAGCUCUGGGUGGAGUGAAGAGAGGGAUCAGCUGGAGCCCUGGCCCAGGCAGGUAGAGGAAGCAGGCUGCUCAGAGCCCCCAGCCGCCCCCUCAGUCCUGGGGUGAGAGCGGGGCAUCUGCUUUGAAGUUAAUGUCUGGGCAUGCUCCUGCUGGUUCCAGAACCUCCUGUUCUGCAACUUCUGGAAUGGAAAGUGUUCUUCUCAGGGCCUCCUCCAUGGCCGCUGAAGGGUAGCCAAAUAGGUCUGAGUGGUGGAGAAAACAUCUUAUUUACAGAAGAAUUCCAGCUAAUGUGGAAGGAACAUGGAAUAAGAAAAAUCACCACUUUUCAACCCCUAAUGAAAUAAUUGACAAAGCAAGAGCCAUCAAUGGAUAAAACAAAGGAUGAUGGCUGAGAACUUUACAAUGGAGGAAUCAAGCUGUCACCACCUGACCCCACUGAUGAAUCUUAGCCUCACUAAAAGGGUCACAAGCACACACAGUGUCCCUCCUGAUGUGAUGAAUCUAAAGGACUCAGCACCACCUAUGAAGGACUUGCCCAACAAAGCAACAAACAAAAAAACUGAACAGGAUUCUGAUCGAACCUCUAGAGCUAACCUCCAUUUAAUACUGGGGAUGGAGGAACAAAUUAAAUGACACAACGAGGAAGUAAGAAGACACAUCCAGAAUGUGGGACAUUCUACAGAAAUCUGACCCAAUUUCUUCAACUAGUCAAUGGCUGUGGCAAAAAAGUGAGAGGAGACAUAAAAAGACAACUACUCCAUGGAACAUGUGGACCUUGAUGGUCCCUGAUUUGGACAACCCAAUUGUGAAAAGACAUUUUCAGACAGUUGGGGACGUUUAAUUAUGGACUGGGUAUUUAUGAUGCCAAGGAACCAGUGUUGAUUUUGUUAGAUGUAAAAAUGGCUCUGGGAUUGUAUAAGAAAAGGUCCUUAUUUCCUAGAGAUGCAAACUGAAGUAUGGAGUGAAGUGACAUAUUUAAUUUUAAACAUUUCAGCAAAUAAAAAAGGACAGAAAGAAAGUAGAAAGAACAAAGUGAAAAAAAUAAAUAUUGUUGAAUUAAGUAUAUAUAGGUUCACAGAACUAGGCUCUCUUCCCUUGUGUAGGUUUGAACAGUUUCAUAAUAAAAGUUUUA